AUGGCCCAUGACAAAGAAACGCACUCAAGAAUUCUGUCCCUUUACACCCAGAGUGCAGCUCUGGCAGAAAGUGGCUCGGAGGAACUAGCCUUGGCCUAUUGUAACAGGUCUGCCCUCCUGUUGCACCUGAAAAGAUAUGAAGAGUGUAUGGUGGACAUUCAAAUGGCCACUCAGAUCACCAAGUCUGAACAAUUGAAAGCUAAACUUGAAGUUCGCAGGGUCCAUUGCUUGGCCAUGGGCAAAGGUAGUAAACGUGAAAAAAGCUCUGGUCAGUGUCGAAAAAUUCCGUUGGAGGCGAGAAUGAAAGCCUCCAAAAAUAUUCCUUGUGCAUCGGAGUCAAUUGCUAUCAGUUUUAAUGAAAAGUAUGGCUGGCACAUCAUUGCAGAACAAGAUAUUGAACCUGGCACUGUUAUUGCAGUGGAGAAGGCUUUGGCUUCCAUACCUGAGAAGUCCUGCAUGUACCUUAAUUGUACCCAUUGUUUAAAUAUGGCUUGGAAUGGAAUUCCAUGCGAUUCCUGUACUGCUGCUGUUUUUUGCUCUGAAAACUGCAAAAAAGAAGCUUUGUUGCAGUAUCACGAUGUUGAGUGCUCAUUACUUCCUCUUUUAUGUGCUGAUAGUCUUGGUCAUAACUAUGUUAUUCGAGUAGCAGUAAGAAUUUAUAUUAUAGCUAUAAAAAAAGAAGGUUUGGCACAUAUACUUGAAGUGGCUAGUAAUCUUAAAAAUAGCGAAGAUACACGUGUGAAAAAAUUUCCUUACAAUAAUGUUUUUCGAAGUCACACAAUAGAGUCCAUGUACAAUUUAUUAGAAACGGAAAACUACUCUAACUUUGAAGAAAGUUUGUUUGAUUACUCAUACUCGCACUAUUUGCCACGAGAGGAAGUUGAUGAAGCCAGUGAAAACAAAAAUUUGGGAUCCAUCAUUACUUCUUUUUGUAGUCUCUUCAAUCACAACUGCUGUAACAAUGUGGAAAGACUUUUUACUUGCAAUACAGAGAUAGUAUUAUUUACUUCAAGAUCAGUUAAAAAAGGAGAACAAUUGUUCAUAAACUAUGGAACGGACAUUUUUACCGAAAACUUAAAACAACGCUCAUCUUUAGAAAAAAAAUAUGAUUUUGUUUGUGACUGUCGAGCUUGUAAAGAAGACUGGAACAAAAAGGCUGUGCAUAAAAGUUGUCAACAAGUAGCGAUUGAGGUAUCGAAAAAACUUGAGUCAGCAGGCUUACAAUACCACACACUUGAAAUUUUCAGCAAUCAGUCACCACCAAAUGUAAUCAUAUCAGAAAAAAUUUUGAAGGAUAUUGUGAAGGCCACGAAGAUCAUAGAAAAACAUUGUUCCCCAAUGAUGAUCGAUGAAUUCGAUGAUGAAGGAAGUGGUCGCGGUGGCGCUACGGUAGAGUUGCAGUUCCGUCGAUCUCCGAGGUUAAGCUGCAUCCGGCGCGGUUUGUACCUACUUGGUGUCUACAUCUCUGCCCUAUAA